AUGUUUACGCUAUAUCCACACACACUAUAUUCGCGCAUUGGCCGUGGACGGGAUAGUGCCUAUUUUCUGAGUGGGUCUUUCCAAGGAUGUUAGAUACACAAUGGAUCAGCUACAAAAGCCUGCACCACUGAGCCCUGAGGAUACGCCAAAGACCACACCUUCAUUGUCUUCCAAGCCCCAUGGUGCCGGUCGGGAGGAGAACGUGAAACCCCCCAUUCCUCCUGCAAGGGCGCCAAAGGCCACACCCGCCGUUUCCAAGCUGCCUGAGUUACCCGCUGUGAUCGUGGACCCAGAGUCGGGGGAGAGGUACCGCAGAGGAAGGCUACUAGGAAAGGGUGGUUUCGCCCGUUGCUAUGAGCUGACACAUCUAGACACGCACUAUGUCUACGCAGGCAAGAUUGUACCUAAGGAGAGAAUAUCGAAACCAUCACAGAGAGAAAAGAUGGAGAGAGAAAUAGCAGUCCAUGCACAGCUUAGGCAUCCACACAUUGUGGGCUUCCAUAAACACUUCCAAGAUGCUGAAAACAUCUAUAUCCUUCUAGAACUAUGCAGACAUAAGUCUCUCCUUCACAUGCUUAAGCUGAGGAAGCACCUGACGGAGCCUGAGGUGCGCUACUUCAUGCUACAGAUAAUAGAAGGCGUACGGUAUCUUCACAGUCACUGCGUCAUCCAUAGAGAUCUCAAGCUUGGCAACAUGUUCCUUACAGAUACAAUGGGCGUUAAGAUCGGGGACUUUGGGUUGGCCGCUAAACUCGAGUUUGAGGGAGAUAGAAAAAGAACAAUGUGUGGCACACCAAACUACAUCGCCCCAGAGGUGCUGGGCAAGAUAGGACACAGCUUUGAAGCAGACGUCUGGGCCUUGGGCUGUAUAAUGUACACAAUGUUAGUCGGGAGGCCUCCGUUUGAAACCAGUUCCCUCAAGGAAACCUAUGCACGCAUCAAGCACAACAAAUAUCACUUCCCGGAAACCCUUUCCCCUGUUGCUAAGGAAAUCAUCUCAGACUUACUAUCCUCAGACCCAGAGGAACGACCUCCAUUAGAGGUGGUCAUUGACCAUGAAUUCUUCACUCAGGGUUUUGUUCCGGAGACGUUAUCGCCGACGGCGUGCGUGACCGCGCCAGACUUCCCGAUCACGAAGGUCCUGAUCAGCGAUCGCAAGGGAGACCUCGUCACAAAUGAAUUCUGUCGGUUAAAACGGGAGAGCACGUUACAGAGGAGAGACGUGACGGCUCCGCUGUCUGAACUGAUUAACAAUGAUAGCAGCAAGCAAGGAUCAGGAACCACUUCACAAAACUCAGGCAAACCUUCCAGUCAACCUAAGCUGAGAACGAGGAUAACAGGGUCACGACCCAUGACCCCAGUGACCUCAGCUAUCAAGACAGCCAUGGUGAAUGUCAUAGAGAAGAGAAGUGCAGCAGUGACCAUGGUUAAGAGUGCAUCAAUCUGUUCUAUGGACAAGGUCUAUGAGAUGCUCAAUACAUGCUUAGAACAUAUGCCAAAAGAAGACCACAGAACCACACCCAAAUACAAGCCCAACCCGAGCGAGGUCGUCUGGGUCAUCAAAUGGGUCGACUACUCCAACAAGUAUGGCUUCGGAUACCAGCUCUCAAACAAGGUCGUUGGGGUCAUGUUCAACGACAAAUCAAGAAUUAGCUUUACACCUGAUAGAAGUUCAGUGCAAUAUUUAUCAACGGACAGCAAGGUACACUCGUUCCCUCUCAGCUCCGUCCCCAGUAGACUCUCCAAGAAGGUGACUCUCCUGGAUUACUUUGCUACAUACAUGGACGAACACCUCAUCAAGGGCAUCGACUCGGACAAGAAGGACGGGAUCAGAUCGCCCUCGCCCAAGAGGAAAGGAGUGGAUAAACCCGGCCCCGUCAACUCCGCCCAGCCUUAUCUAGAGAAGUGGAACAGAACGGGGAAAGCCAUCACGAUGUAUCUCAGUAACGGUACAUUGCAGGUCAACUUCUUUGAAGAUCACACCAAGGUCAUUCUCAGCCACAACAACAACGACCAUCUAGUGACCUACAUCAACGAAUCCCGAACCCCGACCACGUAUCGCGUGCUUCACAUCACCCAUCACGGCUGCACGAAGGCGCUUCACACCCGACUCUCCUACGCAAGACACGUUCUCUACAGCAUGAUGGGUAAAGGCGAGGAAGACAACGAAAAACUAUGACCCCGAUGGAUUGGGGUCGGGGGUCAGAGGUCAUGAACCUUGUGUAAGAUAGUGAUGUCUCUUUGGAGGAGAUGAUGACCACCAUGGUGUUCAUAGAACAUUGAAGCUUAAACAUGCUUUUCUGGCGACCAAUCGGAAUAUUCCUUUCAUGCACUCAAUCUUGAAAGCUGAUGGGCUGAAGACGUUUCCCCCAUCAAAGGCCUAUCCACUUUUGCAUACACUUUUGAUUUGUGUGCGUAUGCAUGUAUGCGUGUCGAUCCCGGGAGCUUACCAAUCAAAUGCUAAAGGGUUUCUAACCCCACUGUAUGUCAAACUGUACAUGUAUCUAUGCUCUGCUAGUGUGUGGUGUACAGUGAUGACAAAGUACGGUGAGAUUUGCUCAAGAUGAAACGGACACCUGACAUUCCCUCUGGCGACAACUGCUCCAAGAUUAUCUCGUCAAACGUUUCGAGCUAGGAUUGGGUUGCAAUUAGGUUUUAGGUUUAGGGGUCAGUUUAGAAUCGGGUAUAGUGUUGGAACCAGGGUUUAAGUUUAAUAGGAGAUUGGUUAGUGUAGGAAAUUAUCAAGGAGCAAUUAUCGAAGGAGCACGUGUAGCACAACAUAUGAAUUAUAUUGUGCGUAAGUUUGCAAACUCAUGAUACAUCAAAACAGAGGUUCUUAAUGUGCAAUCUUCCUUUUAAGACUUCUGAAUAGUAAUAAUGCUAUGUCUUUUAACGUUGGUUUUAAUGAAUAACAUACAUUCUGAAACUUUCAUCAUUAAGUUUAUGUGUUUCGGUGUGAGCUUUGAACAGCAUUUUGUUAUGAUAAUUUCCAUUUAAAGAAGAAAUCCAUCCUUCCUCAAAGUACCAUCAUUGAACAAAUACAGACUUUUUUAAAAAAUGGAUCAGUGAACAUUUGAUAGAAAUUUGUCAAAUAUUAGCAGAGUUAUGAAGUUUUAAUGAUUUGGAAAUUAGAAGAACAAGCAAACUUGACAACCUUAUCAUAUGCAAAUUACUCACCACUCACAAAAAAGAUUUCAUGAAUUUCCAUUUCCUCCCCUAAAAUAUUUCCUCAUACUUGUAUAUAUAAUUGAAGCCAUGGUCUUACAUGUCCUCCCUUAUUAAAGGAAUAAGAAACUUGAGAAUAUUUGGUAUUUUAGAUGCUUUUUCCUAAAACAGAUCUGUGGAGAGUUGCUUGCAUUGGAAGUCGUAGAGUUGUCAUUUUGUGCAGUGUUUUUCAAAACUUCAUAACUCUAAAACUGUUAUUACUUUUUGUCAGAUAUCUCUGAAAUGUUCACUGACACAUUUUUCUCUGAUUAUUCUGUUGAUGUUCUGAUGAUUCUGAUGAUUUACAAAUGGUAUUUUGAUGUUAACGAUGGAUUUUCCCUUUAAGAUUUAAAUUCAAUAUUAUGGUGCUACAUAUUUCAUCCAUCAGCAAGUGAUCAUGAAAACGUGAUUGAUGAAUAGCUAAUAGUAAUUGGGUGCUAAGACUUGCCUGUUCAACAUUCAAACUUGCUCAAAGUUGCAAUGGCUGUAUAAAUGAAUGAAUAAAAUGAGGGUAAAACUGACAGGGUGUUUGGGUAGUAUUUACAUGUAUUUGUAGAUCAAACCGCUUACAGAUUUCUCAACCUGCAUUAUCCCACUUUAAAAUGAGAUUUGAAAAGGCUAAUCUGAUCAGCAUUUCUUCUCUAAAUAAGCAUUAACAAAACUUUUAUUCAUUGCUUCAUUUUUAUGCCUCCGCUACAAAGUAGCCGGAUGCGUUAUGUUAGAAAUAAAUUGUGUUUCUGUGAUGAAUGAAAUGAAGAAAAAAAACAAUGCUAAAAAGUGUUGUUUUUUAAUUUCAAAAUAACUAAUAUAUUUGUAUUACAGUUAUGUUGAACUCUUUUGUAUGUUUCCAAAUUGAGUAAUUUGAUGACAGUUUUCCUAUAAAAACAGGUGAACCUGAUUAGAUAAUAGACAUGUAUUUUUUUCCAAUUUUUAAUUUGUUGUUUGUGUUUUGAAAACACCUGAACAUCACAGGGUCACUCACUCACUUAUGAGUUUUACCAGUGUUUAUGCAGCAUUUUCCCUUGCAUUGUUUUCUUGCCCCUAUGAAUGCAACUCUAAAGAACAAGAAAUAUUUGUGUACUUACAUAUUUAUUUGUAUCAAAGUUUUGUUCAAUAUUGCUUGUCUUCCCAUUUUGUUAAAGUCAUUUUUAUCAUUUUUUUUUACUCAAAUAGCAAUGUGGUUUUUAUAAAAGUAGUGAAUGAUGGUGUAUUCUUUUAUUCUGUUAAAUGUAGGAAUUCAAUGACAAAUGCAUUCUUUUUGCAAGCACAAAAGAUGUCUGGAUUUCGUAUAAGAGUUCUGUGUUAUUGAUGUUAUUAUUGUGCAAUUUUUUAAAAGUCUUCUCUCCUUGACCAAAUGCUGCUAUUUCUUUCUCUCAUAACAUUCAGAAAAUUAAUAUUGUUAUGUGUUAUGAAGUGAUAGCAUUACCAAAUUAACAUCAUCAUUUAUAUACCUAUGUUCCAAUAUGUAUUCAUUUCUCAGUAUUUUUUUUAAAAUAUGUUUUUUGUUCCAUUGUGGGAUAUUUCGUGGAAAUUCUAUAUCAGUAUUUCUUUCAUCUGCAAACAAGAUUGAACUAGGGCAUUCAUUAACAAGAAAUAAGGUUGUGAUGCAAAUCAUUGUUUUUUAAAGCCCAUCUGCACUAGUUUGGCCAGGGGGGAUUAUACCAUCCAGCUUGGUCACUGAAAGGUGGUUACCUCAUCAACUCAGCUCUCAAUUAACCUAAGAAAAAGAGGAUCAUGGGGGACCAACAGGUACCGCUUAGGCAUUGUUUUCUAUAUAGAGGGCGCAAGUAGCUACAAGUAGUACAGUAGGGCUUUAAGGCCAUGGCAUUCUGUCAUGAGAGCACUAUAUCACAAAAUCCCUUCUAGUGCCAUCUCAGGUCAGCUUGAGCUGUAUGGUCCAGUACGUAACUCGCUGCUUCCGUAGCUGCGGUGUUGGUUCAUGCAUCGAGUCCUCUGUCUUCGAAGUGGCAAUUAGGAAUUGGGUAACGCACUGUUGGUAAGUUGACCAUAAGAUGGUGCUGUGUAAUAAACAGGAUGCUACAGCAGAAAGUUCAUCAGUUCAGUAUCGCUUUAAAACUGAGAGGCUGCAUUUUUUGUCUUCAGAAAUACACAUUUCACAUACUUUUGUCAGUAAAAAAAAACAAACAGGGGCUAGCUUCUUGAAAGUGUCAUCAUUCCACAUGUAGUCUCACCGACAAUAAUUUAUGUAAAAUUGUUAAAUUACAGAUGAUAUCGUGUUCUGGUAAUAACGAAAAAUAUUCUAACCCAAUCCAUUCAAACUUGUAAUCUAAUUGAAUGUCUAUAUCUAUUACUUAUGAAUGUUAAAUUGUUAAGUGUAACUUUGUAAAUAGAAAAAUGAGACGUGAAGCCUGUAUAUUUGUAAAUAAGACAGAAAUUUUAUAUGAAGACUGAAUGGAGAUAUCUAUGUUUUAAUGAUAUUCCUUCAUUUCGUGAUCUAAUCAUUUGCUUUCUGUAGAUUGUUCAGUUAAUGGAUUCAUGUGCAAUUUAGGAAGACAUGGGUUAAGUUUGGUGAUUAGAGCAAAUCAUUAGUUGGAUGAUAAUGAAAUUAUGCCUGUAGGGUGUACAAUUUUUAAUUGAAGAUGUUGUCAUUGAUUCUUUAAAAGAAAGAUAAUGGGAAAUAUUCUUGUUACAUUCUUGGUUUCUUUUAAGGUAGAUAAUUUGCAAUCAUUUAUUGUAGUGAUAGAUUUAGUGUUUAAAACACUCCUCGAUACCUUCAUUUUAUUCCUCUAGUCGUCGGUGGAAAUAAAGAAAGAAUAGCACUUAGCCAAGCUUGCACAGAACUUGAAAUACUUGCUUGUGGCAAGCUAUUUAUAAAACCACUUUCCUACUGUACAAACGACACGCUCACAAAGAUUUUCAUAACAAUGUAAUCUGGGAAAUGUGAAAACGCUAUUGUUUUGCCGUUAGAAAUCAUGUUUAGAUCAUGUCAUAUGUCAUCAUAAUGGUCGAAAAAAUUGAAAUCAUUUCCGGGUUGACUUAUCAAGUCUCCGCAUUGAAGAGAGAAUGAUUGAGAAAGAAUAACUGAUGUCUAUUCAUUUUUUUGCCAUGCCAAUAUUAUUUUAUGCAAAUAUACCCUUUGUCAAUAUUUGCCAAAAA